AUGCUAAAAUCUAAUUCAGAAACCCAACAAAUUUAAUUUUCAAUUACAGGCAUUGGUUAUUAAAAAUUCUUAACGAAAGAGGAUUCCGAAGAAAUAUUUAUGAAUAAAUAAGAAUUCAGAGAUGUGUCUCACUAAUCCCCAAUUAAUUUUUACAAUAUGAAAAAUAAAAAGCGGAUGUAGACUACUUUUUUUCCUAACCAUAGAGCUAGCUCUAACCCAAACACAGAACGAUAAUAAUUUACGCCCUUUAUUAUAGAUUCUAACAAUAAUCAACAGCAUUAAAUUACUCCAAAUAAUUAAAGUACAACAUUUUAUCCAAGAAAUAACUGUGAUGCAAAUAUGACACAAAUAUUCAAAAGGCAGAUUAUUUCAAAAAAUGUAAAUAGGCAAAUGCACUUAAAAAAAGGAGUCUAAUUUAGAAAUAUAGCUUUAGAUAAAAUAGCUUAAAACGUUACCCAAGUUAACAAUGAAUCUGAAAUACUAAAGAUAACUCAAAAGAGAAUUAAUAAUCAAAACUCUAGUCUUGAUUAGUCUUCUGAUGCUUUAAACUCUUAAGCUAUAAACUCCUCUCUUAUAAUUUUUAAUAGAAAAAAGGCAAAUUUAUUGAAUGGCGGCUAUUCAAAUUUAUCUAAUUAUAGCUAGAUUCAGUAUCCUAAUUCAUCUCUUGAAUACAGUAGGGUUAGCUCUGGAUCUAAUGAUGAAAAUGUGAAUAAUAUUUUGUUUAUAUCUACCGAUACGUCAACUCAAAUAACAAGUAGACAAAAAAAAAAAAUUGCUAGCAUUUAACCAAUUAAUAAUUAUGUAAGUUAACAAACCUCAAAUAAUGAAAAGAGUAGACCGACUCCUUUAGAUAUUUAUAAAAACUAAAAGUUUCUAAAUCAGUAUGUUAAUAUGAACAACAGUAAACUAUUUGACAAGUAAAAUUAAAACAAAUUAAACCUUUAAGAAAAUUAAAUAUUACAAAACAAUAAGAAUUUCAUAAGUUAAGAUACAUCUUUAAAUGGUUAUAGUAAUUAAGCUCAUUUCCAACCUUUUUAUGAUAUGUAAUUUUAAGAAGAACAAAUAAAUUCAAGUUUAAACAACUCUCCUAUCUAUACAUAAAAUUCUCUUCAUGUUUAAAAAAGAAAAUUAAUUAAUUAUAUAAGAAAUCAAUCAAAUAAUUUAAAAUCUACAACAAAAAAUCAAAGUCCAAACAAUAGUCAAAACUAAUAUUAAAGUGGUUCUGUAAAAAACACUGAAGAAAUACCUGAACAAAAAUAUAAUAAUAACUCAAAUCUUAAAAUAAAUGAAAAUAUUCCAUUAUAAAAUACUGGUUUUCAAACAAUAAAAUAAAGAGCCCUCUCCCCCAAAGAUGCUUUGGUUAAAAUAAAAAAUAAAUAAAAUAUAUAGGAAAUAUGCCUAACAUUCAAAAAAGAAGAAUAAGCAAUCUAAAAAUAAUAACCAAUAGUGAAUCCUUAAUUAUCUCUAAAAACUGACAUAAUAAGAAAACUUCAAAGUAACUCUGAAAGAAAAAAAUCUAGCAGAGUAAUUAAUUCAAGAGGCUUUCCAUAUUAAAUAUAAUUUGAAUAAAAAUCUUAAAAGUGUUAACUUGAAAAUAUUUAUAAUCUUGAUAAUGAACCAUUAGAAUCUUGGGGAGUUGAACAUAGGCAAGAAACCCUAUUUGGUAUUGAGAAUUUUACAACUCGUCAUGAUUAUGAAUAGUGA